GUACCCCCCCUACUCUUCUUCUCUUUUCGUGUCCCUCUCUAUCUAUCGUGUUUUGAUCUUCUUGAUUGUUUGGAUUCCGAACUCGAUCAAAGUUGUCGUGCCUGUGUGAGGGGAAACCAUACUGUUUACUCUCCAUCACCUCUCGAGCCUCUCCAGAGUCCAUUGUACUCUUCGUGAAAAGCCAUUGAGUUGCUGCUAGCUCAAGUAACUUGACAUAAUAACCUUCACCUACUACAUCGUAGCACCUUUCCAAACAGGACGAAACGAUCCAAGCAAGGCUAAAGAGCUUUCGAAUCUCGAAUCUCGAUUUGCCGACACAGACACAGACACACUCUGCACACCCUGCACACACACUGGAUUCCCAUCUCCACUUUAUUCACCACUUUCACGAACGCGACUGGUUUCUUUUUCUUCCUUUUCCUGCCACCACCUUUUUUGAAAUCCUUCCUACGAAAUACUCGAAGCACAGCAUCAUAAUUAAUUAUCUACUUCUAUCCAAAUCUUGAGAAGAACAUUCUACUCACCUACUCAAACCCAUUGACAACAAUUGCUUUACAUAUCGUCCGAGAAGGAAAGAAUUCAAGAAAGAUAAACAACCGGAAAACCCGAGUUCAAUCCCUGUUUCAACAGAGCUCGCAAUCAUGACUUCACAUAUGCCAAUGGGAACGGCUAGACAACCAUUCGCCCCGUUGAAUAGUUCACGUCUCCAGAAUAUGACGAGCAUCAAGAAUCGUCAAAAUGCUCCAUCACCCCAUAAUACCUCUCCUAAACGCAAAGCUACAUCAUUUGAAUCCGAUGAUGAUUCCGAAAAUGUUGAUCCUAUAUUCUUCGAAUCUCCCAAGCGAUCCAAGGCUGUUGGAGAACCUAAAGAUACAUACUCAAAACCUCCAACCUUUUUCUUAACCAAAGCACCUCCCUCUCCUACCGAAGCAACACUCACCUCUCCUCUCAAACCUACCAAAUCCACCACUCAGCGAAAGAUUCUACAAUCUCGUACUCAAACACCAAAAGUCACUGCCACAGCUCCAAAAUCUACACCCCUUACCGCUCCAGCAGGUCGUUCACCCACUAGAAAGCGCGUCGGAAUCCUUAACAAUCACCGUCGUGCUUCCAGUGCAAUAACCCGCGUUGAUCCUCCCAAAUUCUCCACCUCAAAACCUAGCGGUCUCAGCUUCUCAAUCGAUGCUGCUCUCUCAGGAACAAUUCCAUCCUAUGGCGCACGCCAACGUCAACGUCAAGCUCUCUCUUCCAAGGGCACAAAGGCCCAAACCUCUCAUAAAGAAAUCCCCUCCUCCCUUCAUGCACCCGAAGGCAAAUCAUCCUGGUUCUUCCAGAUUCACGAAGACACUGAGGAGGAACAUGCUACCAAUCUCAUGGAACACAGUACUGGCAUUCUCGAUAUCUCCUCCGACGAAGAAACUCUUACGAGAUUGAGAGAUGAGAGAGGCAAAGAAAAUGUUCCACCUCUAGACGAUAUUUCUCAAACACGCACUUCGCUUACUGCUUUCGCUUCGAGUUCUUCCACGUCUGUGUCUCGUAAAGAUGAGAUGGAAAUUAGAGAAAUGAAAAUGAGGAUUAAGAUGCAACAAAAAAAACGAAGGGAAAUGGAAGAGGGUGCUAUUGAUGUUGAUAGAGCACCAUUGGGAGAGAUGAGGAAAGAAGAUUUUUACGCAGAAGGUUGUGAUGAGAAGAGUGUUUUUAUUAUUCUUCCAGACCCUGAACCUGAGGCAUCGGUCGAAGAAGAAGAAGCUGAGAAAGAGGCGGAGGCUCCUUUAGAAGAAGAAGAAGAACAAGUCCCAGAACCACAAUCCACAAUCCCAUUGCCAGAGCCGGUAUCCAAGGCUUACACGCCUGGGAAAGGAAAAGGAAAAGGAAAAGGAAAAGAAAUUGAUAUCGAGUUUCUCAUGCAGAAGAAAGUGGUGGAACCGAUGGAGAAACCUGAAGCGGAUUUCGUUGUUUGGGAAAGUGGAAGCGCGAAGGAUGAAAAUGAAUGAGUUGAGUCGUUGAAAAGGGAUUGUGUAUGAGUUUAUGAGGUUACGUGUAUGAUUUUCUGCGAGCGCGCUUUGGGAUUGUACUUGGAGGAGUUAAUUACUUGUCUGUAGGCAUGUUUGGUUGUAUAUGGAUGGAUGGGAUGGUUGCAGGUUGCUUGUUUGCGUGGUUAUAUUUACAUAUAUUGGCUUCUUAUCGUGUUGUUUCUAUCUAUGGUUCGGUCUGUGUUUGGGUUAAGAAGUUUGGGAUAUCUAGGAGGUGGAUUCACUAUAUGGAAAGCUAUUUGAUAUUGCUCCUGCUACUACUAUUGGAAGAACCAAAAAAUAAUAAGUUGAUCUUAUACGUACAAUGUUUAUUCA